AUGGGAGCCGCUCGGGAGGGAGAGAGAACGGACGGUGAAGUCCGUGACCAUACCCAGAGGCAAGACUUGUGGGACACCACCGCACUUGAGGGCCCUCAGGAAAUGGCAUCUCAGGACGUGCGCGUUCGAGGUGUUCAAAUUUCUCAACAGGCUCAGUCCAAACGUGAAGUGAAGGUGGAGGACGAGCUGCGGGCUGCUCAGAACUUGGCAUUCCAACAGGCAGGUGGCGGAGGCGUUCGCGCUUCAGCGCGCGAGAUUGGGCGCGAGCCGAGUGACGACGAGGAGUGGCCUCGGCUAUCCCCGCGGGGAGGACUUCUGAGGGCCGAGCGGGAGACCUUCAGAGACGAGCGGACUGGCUCACCUAGUCUGCGGAACGAGGUUCAGAAUGCAGGUGCCCCGUUCGAACAAGCACGGCCUGCCUUCUUGACCCCUCAGCCCGCGCGCGCCUCUGCAGAACAGCGAGCACCAGGGUUUAUUAGCGAGGCGCGGGGACUUCGCCCGGAGUGGCUAUUCAAUCCGUCCAUUCACGCAGGCGCAGGUGCAACUCAGCGAUUGACGCAUCACGAUACCGCUCGCGAUGUGCAGUUUGGCGGGGGAACGACCAGGGCAUUACACGAAACCCCAGCGCAGAGCGCACUGACCCGCGGCCUGGGCCAGGGUCAAGAGACUCAGGUCGAAGCGAUCAGGUACAGGGCGAGGGAAGAUGGCUACCCGGCGUUUAAUAUGCAGGCCCCAAUUGCCCUUGCUCCUGGGUACGUCUUCCCCCCGCCAGCAAAUGCACCUGCGGCAGAACCGAGGGCGCCCACGGUGGGGCGCACAGAAGCGACAGGAUUGUUGGAUCAGGUUCAGGGGCCUCAGCCCACGAUGAGGGGUUAUCCGUACGCCCCAGCAUCAAGGGAGCUGAGCGGGUUUGCCAGGAAGCCGCCUCAGGGCGGAGCGCCGGUCCAGUUACCCGCUGCCCCCGCGGUACCCAUGGCACAUUCAGGUAACGUCUACGGCCAAGCUGCCUACGCCCCAGAUCAGUAUGCAGGUCUGCGCCCCGCGUUUGUUCCACCGCCUACUUACGCAGUGGCCCCAGUCCUGCCCGCGGAAGUCCGAGCACCUGCCAACAAGCUCGUGAAGAUUCAUCAGCCCCCCAAAGUGGCCGCGUUCAAGGGACAGAAGCGCGAGAUGGGCCCGGCCGCGUACAACUUCAUCUCCUCGCUCGAGAUGCUAUUCAGUGGCAACCGCGACGUCACGGACCGCCAGAAAAGUAUGGCCCUCGCCUACAAUCUGACAGGGACAGCGAGCGCGUGGUUCUACGCAGAGGAGCGCGGUUACAAAGCCAGGUACGACCGCGAGCUUCAAGACGAUUGGGAGUUGCUCAAAGGGAUGUUCCUCAAGCAGUACGGGCACGUCAAGAUGGCGGACUCCCUAAACCGGAUUGACAUCAUGCGCAUGGAUACGAGCGAGACAGCCUACGACUUUUCCGUUCGCAUGGGCGAGAUGUUUGAGCAGGCCAAGAUUGCGGACGACGGUGCGCGCAUCUACUAUUUCAGGAAGGCGCUUCCGGAAAAGGUGCAGGACCGAAUGUUGGGCCAGACCUACCGCACGAUGGACGAAGCCGUACAGGCUGCGGAGGAGAUCAUUCACCAACUGGAGAGGCGCGCGCCCCCUCACCGCAUCCUCACCACGAGGGGAACGGGCGCCAACAGGCUGGCCCGCCGGCCAGGCGUCAGGAGAACCAGCCAGAACGUGACCCACAAGACCGCGGCCAAUACCAGGAUCGCGGAGGACGAAGCGGACCCUGGAGGGGCAGGGGCCGAGGCCGGGGCCCAGACGGGCGUCCCCGCACGUGCUGGAACUGCGGGAAGGCAGGUCAUUUCAAGCAGGAGUGCCCGCUUCCGCCCAUUGACGGUCCCAACACCGCUCAUUGGACUUACGGCAGCGGAGUGGCGUCCCCGUACGAAAGCUACAAAAACUUUCGAGAUUCAGGGCGCUGAGCACGGAGACCCUUCCACGGUUCGCGUUUUGGACCUGACCGUGUUCGGGUGGGAAGAUGAUCCCGACCUGGAUUUGUACGAGGAGGAGGACGAUGAGGCAGACGACCCCACCGUUUUGAUGGCACGGCAAGGACCGUAUGUUUUGGACGACCACGGGGCCAGGUUGCGGAUGCCCCCCAAUCGGACGCCGGUACUGGUGGUUCCGCCCGUCGUCCCUGUCCAGGUUAACAAUUCCGAGGGCGGCCUCACGGCUAAUUCCGGGAUGCGACCAGGAACGAUGCAGUCACCUUCGCUCGCACCGCGGGCCGCUCCUGCGACUAUGAGCCGACCUGCGGCGCCGUCCGCCCCAGCUGUUUCAUAG